AUGGAAUAUGUUGAGAAGAGAAUGGCUGCUGAAGCUCAAAGGCCUGCUGGUGCAGAAGUCGCUAGCCUAGCAACCCCCCUCAACCUUCUUCUCCUCAGCCUCCUCGCCCUCCUAACCUACACGACCCUGCGCCCCAAAAAGGCCAUCCCAAUCCCCGUCACCCCCUCCCCCAUCGUCUUCCGCACCUUUACUCCUCCCGAACUCGCUCCUUUCUCCGGUCUCAACAAUACUCCCGUGUAUCUGGCUGUUCGCGGACGUGUAUUCGAUGUUAGUAAUGGAAGGAAUUUCUAUGGACCAGGUGGACCGUAUGAGAAUUUCGCAGGGAGAGAUGCGAGUCGCGGGUUGGCGAAGGGCAGUUUUGAUGCGGAGAUGUUGACGGAGGAUUUGGAGGGUAGUUUGGAUACGCUGGAGAAUUUGGAUGCUGAGGAGUUGGAUGCAUUGAGGGGUUGGGAGGAGAGGUUUGAGGAGAAGUAUUUGGUGGUGGGGAGAUUGAUUAGUUGUGGGGAGAAGGAGAGGGAGGAGAAGGAGAAGGGGGAAAAGGCUUGA